AUGUCAGUCGCAGUCGCAGAACCGCCCAAGCUCGAGAAGAAGCCCGUCAAGUUCAGCAAUCUGCUGCUUGGGGCUGGGCUCAACAUGUUCGAAGUCACGACUCUGGGACAGCCAUUGGAGGUCGUCAAGACGACCAUGGCUGCGAACAGAGGAGACUCGUUUGCUGCUGCUCUUACUCGAGUUUGGGGUAGAGGUGGUGUUCUUGGCUUCUAUCAAGGUCUCAUUCCCUGGGCCUGGAUCGAAGCCUCCACCAAAGGAGCCGUCCUCCUCUUCGUCGCCUCCGAAGCCGAAUACUAUGCCCGAACCUUCGGAGCCGGUGAUUUCACCGCUGGUGUCACUGGCGGUGUCACUGGUGGUCUUGCCCAGGCAUAUGCUACCAUGGGUUUCUGUACCUGUAUGAAGACGGUCGAGAUCACAAAGUCCAAGCUCGCGGCUCAAGGUGUCAAGCCUCCGGGUACGUUUGCUACAUUCAUGGAUAUCUACCGCAAAGAGGGUAUCAAGGGUAUCAACAAGGGCGUUAACGCCGUGGCUAUCCGUCAAAUGACCAACUGGGGUUCUCGAUUUGGUCUCUCGCGUCUUGCGGAACAGGGAAUUCGAAAGGUAACUGGCAAGGAGGACGGUGCAGGAUUGGCUGCUUGGGAGAAAAUUCUGGCGUCGGCUUUGGGUGGUGGUCUUACUGCUUGGAAUCAACCGAUUGAGGUCAUUCGUGUGGAGAUGCAGAGUAAGACCGAGGAUCCCAAUAGGCCGAAGAAGAUGACCGUGGGCAACACGGCCAAGUAUAUCUACCAGCAAAAUGGACUGAAGGGUCUGUACCGUGGUGUGGUUCCCCGUAUUGGAUUGGGCGUUUGGCAGACGAUCUGUAUGGUGGCUAUGGGUGAUAUGGCCAAGACCUACGUCGAGAAACUCACCGGCGAAAAGGUUACAGCUAAGCAUUAG